UUGCAUUGGUUGCAUGAUUAGCUUACAAAAUAGCUUCUUUUAUUACAAACUCAUAAGUACCUUGUUAGUAAUAUUUAGAAUAACAGGUGGAUUUAUUCCUUUCAGUUGUUAGCUCAGCUCAACAGCUGACGUUUAAUCGUUGUUUACGUCUGGCUCCGAAACCUCGGCGGCACCUUUGCGUGGCUGAGCAAAUGCGUCCUUCUGUCCAUCAGCACAUAGCCGUGGACGUUGGAGAGCUGCGUGACUGGCACGCAGGGUGACAAUGGCGCACCGAGAUGAGUGCACCACUGAUCACGAGCAACAGUUUGACAACUCUUCAACGGUCUUGGAGAAGAUUGCUGGCCUGUAUGCAGAGCGUCUCCUCAGUGAUAUUACCUUGGAAGUUGGUGGAAAGCAGUAUGCUGCACACCGGCUGAUCCUGUGUGCUUCCAGCGAUGUUUUUCAGGUGAUGCUGAUGGACCCCAAGUGGAGCUCCAGCAGGACAUCACACAUUGAGCUGAAGGAGGAGCCCCUUUGUGAAACUGUUUUUGGUGACUUCCUUGGCUAUCUGUACACUGGCCGCAUGCGUGUUGACCACUUGCGUGUGCUGCCAUUAGUGGCCCUAGCCGACAAGUAUAAUGUCAAGGACCUCAUGCGACUCUGCAUCAGCUACAUGGCUCACCACAUUGUUUCUGCUGCCUACCACAACCAACUGGUCUCCUGGUACCGGUACACUCUAAACUGUGGCUCUACUGCAGUGCACAAAGCAUUUAGCAACUUUAUUGCCUGGAAUUUUGAGCUUGUAGCCAACACAGAAGACUUUGGAAACAUUGAGCUGGAUGUCCUGACCUCAUUUCUGCGUAGAUCAGAUUUAGUCAUCGCCAGUGAAUUUCAGCUGUUCAACUAUGCCGCCCGGUGGCUGUCCCUGCAGGAGCCAUGGCCCCAGUGUGCCCGGCCUGGCAACGAGGAAGCAUUUGGGCAGCUGGUGAGCCAGGUAAUGGCACAUGUGCGGUUCCCCAUGCUGACACUUGAUGAGCUAGAUGGGCUGCUGUCGCACCCUCUGGUGGUGCGCUUCCAGAGUAUCUUCUUUGACCGCCUGGUGAUAGCACUGGACUUCCAAACACGAGCACGUACUAAUGGGUUUUGGCGGCAGUGGCCUGAACUGAUGGUGCCUCGCAUUUACACGUCGGACACAUGGUCAGCCUCUUUGUGCAUUGACAACUACCCCUGCCGGACUAGAUUUGGUGUGCACACACUCAUCUUUAUGACACCUGGCAGCCUGUCAGGGGCCUUGGCGGACAAGCUACUUGAAUGGACUGUUGAUGUGUACCCCAAGGGGGUGCUUUUCCACCGGUUCCUACUGAUUGCACUGCGUGAGACAUUAGAAGGGCCAGAAUCGCAAACCAAGACUGUGCGGCUGUCGCUUACUUCAAGUCGUUUCAACGAGGACACUACAGUGGUGGUGAGCAUUCUGGUGAGUGGAAUGCAGGAUGGUGUGGAGCAUGUGCGCACAGUAGUGCAGCGCGAGCACACAUUCACCCAGGAGUCGCGCAUGCUCAAUUUGGACGACCUGGUGCCCUAUGCGGAGCUCAACGAUGUGCCCCGUGGUGCCUCACCUUUCCUUGUGGGGCCCCACUGUGACCUCUUCCGUUUGCGCAUCUCCAUCACACCCCUGUGCCGUAAGAGCUAGGCAUGCAGGGCUAUGCUUCGGGUUGUUGGUCUUUGUGCCUUUCUCAGAUGUCUGGCCUCUCUGUCUGGACUUGUAGUUGUGGCCACUGUAUCUGGCAUUUAGCAGGGUGGUGUACCUGCUGCUCUAGGUGUGCUCAAUUAACUGAAGACCAAUGGUGAAUAUGUCAUCUUGAAUACUUUCAAGGUCCAUGACAUUUGGCCCAAGUUCGCUAAGCACACCGAUGGUAUUUAUGCGUGGGCCUGAAUAGAAUAGUUCAUGUAUGUAGUUGUACUUGUUAUGUGAGGCAUAACCAUGGUCAAGUGAUAUGGCUAACCUACCAGAAGUAUAUUCAAUUUGCUUGCUGCAGCAAAGGUUUAGACACCGAUGUUUGUUACUCUUCACAUCAUUGAGGUAACACUUAGCUUUGUAUUUGCACUGUUUUAAUUUUGAGUGUUACGUGCUUUCCUACAGUGGACAUGGCUGACUCAUGAUGGAUUAUACUUGUCAUAUUGUUUUCCAUUGUUGUAUUUAAAAUUUUUAUUUUUCACAUUGCCUUUAUUUGCACCAUUUUUACCUUGAAGAUGUUUUCACCAGGCCAAGAAUAUAGUCACAAAUAGAUAUAACUUGUUUCACACUGCAGUCGAGCCUGUUUAUAUAUUGAACCCGGAUACUUGAAUUAUUUCCUCUAUCGAAAAGAAUUAUUGCCUAUAUCGAACAGGGAAAGUAUGCCCCUGAAAACACCAUGUAGAUGUAUAGGUGCACUGUGGGGCUACAUUGAAACUCCUCCCACCAAUACAUUGGACAUAUUGAACUGCAUGCAGCACUGUGCCCCAUGAAGUGAUCGUUCAUCUGAGCAGUUCCACCAGGCUGGUGUUGUCCUGAGUGACCUCAAUUUCUCCUCAUUGCAGUAGGUGUGUUUCAGAGACACUCAACACUCAGUGCAAGGUCCAUUUAGCAUUCAGGUCUGAUAAUUGCUUUUACUAGUGGAAUGCACAUGACAGGCCAUGAUAUGUUUACUUAAAAAUAAGUGAUUGUAAUUCCUGCAGCUCUUUGUUUCCCUCUAGAUGCCCUCUUUGAUACCCAACAACCAACAGCAGCUGUGAAAGUACCAAACAUUUUAGAUGGACCAUUCAUUGCUAUGUAUUGUGCCACUUCAUGUGGACAUACGUGUCGAGCGUAGAGCACAUGACAAGCAUGAUAUGGUCAUCCCAGUAAUUUUUUCCCGGUGAUCAUGCAUUGGCAUGCUGCACCACGGCACCAAUUAUCCAUGUGCAAUUUGCAUAGUGCAAUGGGUGUACAUAAGCUGAAUGCAUUUAUGCAACUAAGUAAUUAAUUUUGUUUUUAGUUAUUUUGUGAUAAUCUUGACGCUGCAGUUUGUCACGAUGGCAGGAAAUUAUCAGAGAUGAAUUGAAGGUUUCAGUUAGAUGGCACAUCGGCACAUUUUUAUGCCAUCAUAGGGGGUGUGCGCCACCUGUAGGGACAUCACUGAAAGCUACCUGGCUGUAGAUUUCAGAAUCGCGGAUGGGAGAAGUAGUAUGGCUGUCCUGCCUGUGCACUAAGGACGAAAGACACAUGGGCCUGUGAUUUUCCGUUUGUGCACUCGAAAGAAAAUUUUUUUCUCUGGUGAUAGCAUCCACAAAAAAACAUGCUCUAUGAAGCUGGACAUGUUUUCGGUGCGAUUGUGAUUUCAGAUGGCCCAUUCCACAUACGAGCGAGCUGCUUUCCUCAGACAAGCAUGACAGUGACCAGCUAUGAAUGCAAGGCGUCGUUUUCAUAUAUCUUGCAAUUGCCCAGCGCUGACUUGUUUGCAUCACUUAGUUACCGUAAAGACCUUGCUGUACCCAUGCGACAAAUUUAUGCACCCAGAACAACAGCAGCCAUGCAUUUGUUUCCAACCGAGAGUGUACUGAAUUGCCAUCCCUGCAGAAAAGUGACACUAUUCAAGCUAUUGGUAACGGAAGCUUGCUAGUUCUUAUAAAGGUAUGUAGUCCAUGGGGUGCAUUUUAUAACGAUAGACUUCAUAUAUCAUUUGUUUCAACACUCGUUAUGGGCUCCAAUGACAACGCCCUGCAGAUAUUGCCUGGAUGGGGCACAGAGCAUGACGGAUAAGAAAGGAAGAUUGCUAAAUGAAAUGGAUUGUUACAAAGAACAGCUACAAGCUCAAAAAAAGGCACAAAAAAGCGCCCAAUAUAAUUUUCUGGCCCACAAUAACCACUAAACUAGGGAAGCCCAUAAGAAAGAUGCAAAAAGAUGCUGUACACACGGUCCUUUCCUCGCUGAUAGCACUUGAGGAUUUGUCUAUGCUUAGCGAUGUACAGUAUUGCAAGCUUGAUUCACAGCCUUAUAUUUUUUCACAACAGCCAUUUCCUGCAUUAAAUAGCUGCCUCGGAUGCAUAUUAAAGGACGCAGUUUUAAUUUUUGCAUAAUGCCUUCAGCGCUUUCUAAACAUUGAGAUGUCAAAUAACAGCCGCUACUUAUUUUAUGUAGAGGCGAAAGUGCCAGUUAAAAAUUAUAAGCGAUCCCAUGUUUUGAAAGGGGUGGGACUCCUGUGCCAAUUGCGCCGUUUUGAUACAAACGCAAAUUGCUGCACCAAACUGCGCCAAACGCAUAAAAUUGACCAAAAUUGUGCCACGCUGUGCCAGAAUGGUUUCAGCAUGUAUGCUCCGGCAGUGGCCGUGAACAGCAAGCAGAUUCAUUCUCUGAAAAAUUUCCGCCUUCAUUCCACCCUUGAAUGUGGAUGUACAGCGAAGCUGCUGCCGACGUUACAGAAGCGACAACACCACAAGGCGUCAAACCGUCAAAAUCAAUGUAGCGUUCACGGCCUCAUUUGCGCCCUUUUCAUUGGUGCAUCGACUCUGGGGUGCACGUUCGCGGCGUCUACACGCCGUAACCUGCGUUCACGAAGUGAACGUCACUGAGGCGCAAAAGAACGAAAAGUGGCACUGCGAGCGGACUAGAUACUAGCAGUAUUGAAGGACCCUGGAGAUGCACGUUGCAGCGAGUUAGCGGGUGGGCGUCUCGGUCCCCAAGGCCGGUAGAACGUAACACUAUUUCAGUCUGUUUUUAUGCCCAUAGGGACGAGGCCUGAGCCAUCUUGACCUAUCACAAAGGGCUAAUGGCGGAUUUGGAAUAAAGAGUCGCAGUUUCGCCCAAAAAGCGAAGCAUCGAUUGCAGUAGCAAUUUAUUAGACAGCUAUACGAAGUAAGGAUAGUAGUUUUAUCAGUGGGCGUAUAGACUUGUAAACAUUCGCUUACUAACUAAAUUAACAAGCAUGGUGUCAUGCGUGCACAAGUAAACAUGAACACAUCUCACUUGAUGACUGCGGAAACUUGCUGUCAGAACGCUAGAGUGAGGAAGCACGGCAGCAGCAAGUGAAUUGACCUUCGUGCUGCCUCUCACUUCAGCGCGAACUAAGCAGUGAAAACAGCGCACACAAAGCUAUCAGCACUUGCACACUGUUUCCAUCGCAGAUCACUUUGAAGACAGGGCCCGUGCGGCCGUGCCAUACGCAGCAGCUGCCAAAGUAGAACACCCCCCUCCCCCGGUCGGUGUAUUGCGCACGACGAAAGACUGCGCGCUUCCUCCCCGCUUUCCUCCCUUGAGCACGAGAUUGAGCCACCAUCGUCGGCUAACCCUUAUCACGCUUUCACUCGCACAUACAGCAUACGCGCGUGGCAACGAUGUUAUCGCCCCUGCACUUUAUACGGAACAUCAUGGUGACGAUGACAGCUUAAAUGUGCCUGGAGUGUCCAUAUAGUUGCUAUCGAAAUAAAAACACAUUUGAAUAGUUUUACGUUGUACCAUCCCAGGGUUGAUUCCUGCUCCCUGGUUCUGCAGGGACAUAUGGUGACUGAAAAAUUGUUACCACGCCAUUUGGACCGCAUAAUAUGAGAACAUUAACCGCUGUCAUCAUGAGCGCUGGCGCAGGAAUAUAUAGUUCGAUCGUAGUGCCACCAAUGUUUUCGGCUUUACAAGAAAGCAUGCGUUGUGCCGCUGCUCGACCCACUCUUUCAUAUUCUAAUACGCUAUAGCUAUAAAGCACACUUCUACUACACGCUUCGUGUUUGUUUUUUCUGUGUUUCGUCAUGGUUACGAAGUGCGCUGCCAUAUACCAUCAUUCCGCCAAAAUUCAGAUUGGCCUGCUCCAAACUGCUCCAAACUGCUCCAAAAUGCAAUUUUGUCCGCUCCAAACUGCUUCAAAAUGCAAUUUUACUUGCUCCAAAAAUUGCUCCAAAAUGACUUUGGGCAGUCUCACCCCUGAUCAAGAUAUCAGUGAUCUCUCAAUUCAUGGACUUUGUGGCCAUUAUUCGUCAAUGUAAUUGAAUCCUGCACACAAAUGAAUCAAGAAACAACAUAUACACUAGAAGGCAACAAGCAUCAACUGCAUCAGGCAAAGGGUGCAGUGUCAUGUCCCGACAGUUUUCAUGUAUAUCCAUGUAUUUAGGUGUGCUACAAGCACUUGCACUUGACUGUGGAAUGCGAAACUCUCUAAGGACUUUGCCGAUAGUUGCAACUUCAGCACGCAUACUUCAUUAUACAGCGCCCAACGAAAACACUUGGAAUCAAAUAUGGCACUAGCCCAUAUCAGCAUGCACAGAGCACCCACCACGUCUCCUGUCUGUGAUUUGCUGCGCUGCGUUCAGGUGGAGCGACAGUCGCACAUUUCAUCGCCUAUACCUGCCAUAGUGGCAUAGUGGUUAUGGAAUUCUGACGCUGAGGAAGAGGUUCAGGCUUGCAACUCCCAGUUGCCACAUUGCAUUCGAAUGGGGGCAAAAUGCAGAAAUGUUUGUGUACUGAGCUUUUGGCGCACACUUAAGAACCCCAGGUACCAGGUAAUAAAAAUUAUCUGGAACCCUCCACUAGUGUUUUUAUCGCCCAAGUGUUGCUUUGGAACAUAACCACCAUCCCUCGUUCCAUCCAUCUAUUAUUGAUGUAUCAAGUUAUUGUGUGGUUUCCUUUGAAUUCAAUAUAUAUCUGGGCUCGACUGUAUACCAUGUUGAAUGUCAAAUCAAAUCAUUCUUGGUUAUAAUUCGUUUUGUGAGUUAUUGAAAACUAUGUGCUCUUAAAAUGAAUUAUUCUGAAUAGUGUGCUUAUUGUUUGCAUUCUAUAAGAUGCGCACUAUUCUCUGUAGAGUGCACAACUUAGUAGUAUGCUUGGAUAAUUAGUUCUGAUUACAGCCCAAGUGAGUUUUCUUUCUGAAAUGUCUCUGACCAGGGUUGAACUGUCCACUUUUUAUAUAUUUUUACUGAUGUGCUAACCUAGGUGCUUAUGACAGGCUUUGUCUUUCAUGCCAACCUAUAGUUGCUUCAGUUAUAAAUUUGAUGUCAUCUGAAGCUUUAAUAUGGCACUUUAAUAUUUAUUUUUUAGUAGAGUACUUUCAAAGCUGCUAUCAUUUCUUGCAUUCAUUUUUCAAAAAAGGAAAAUGAGAAAAGCUAACUGAAACAGCCGUAACAAUUUUUCUUGAGUGCUGUAAUAAUAAUAUAAGCUGGAGCAGUGAACAUCACAUGCUGAAGUUGGUUUUUGUUGCAUUUAUUAUGCAUGUUAAAGGGGGCUGUAAAUUUUCAUCUUGUGUGGAACUCUUUGUGAACAGUGCCAUGUAGCAUUUAACAUUUAGUUCGCCAACGUCCAUGCACAGUAUUUUACUGCAGUAUUUCUGUACAAUUUGAGGAUUCUUAAUCCUUGUCGCCAGCCUCUUCAAAGCGUGCAUUGCAAUAAUGUUUGGAUUUGAAAGUGCAUUUGCAUGUGGGGUUGGUGCAAUGAAAAUAGUUUUGGUUGCGACUGCUAUAUUUGCUGCUUUUAUUUACCUUUCGUAUUCCUGCUACCCUGGGUGGACCUUCCACCGUAGGCUUCGUGCAAUUCGUAUAUCGACUGCGGGUAUAGAUAGUUUUCUCCGUGCAGUGGCAGCGGUGUGGCUGUGACACCAGAAAAAUUCUGGUUGCACGUUUUCGGCGCCCAAGUUUGCUAAGAAAACUAAAGUAUUUUGCCGUCUAUUCAACUAUUGGUAUGUGUUCUUAAUAUGUUCAGUCAUAAGAAACGCACCUCGUGUGUUGAGAUAAUGUGUGUAUGUAGUUUGCUUUUGUGUUUCAGAGUAAAUAUACCAUAAAAUACUGCGGAAGCACCCAGUAUUAACAUUUCCAAAACUUCAGAAUUCUGAAAAUUAUAUGUUAAGCGCCCACCCCCUCCAAAGCACCAGCGUCAGCCGAAAUAUUCACCCCACUGCGAUCGCUACAAGACCGCUAAAGGCGAUGACGGGGAUAUUCGCUUGCUUGUGGCGAGAAGGGAAAGAGUGAUGGGGGUGAAGGUAAUGCAGAGUGACAAUGAACAGUCCUUGAAAGAAAACCCAGUGGUUGCAGGGCUUUUGUGAGACACAUCUUGAUGCACGCAGCUGCUGUUCCCACACUUCUCGUGCUAUCUGCUAGCCGCACGAUGCACUCGUAUACACCGUCGCCAGGGAGAGAUGGUCACGCGAUCUUUCAAGGGGGGUGGGAUCAGUUCCGCAUUAGACGACAGCGACGACGGGCGCUUGCAUAACUGACUUGCAGGCACCGGAGAGCCCGUGGUCUGGUCAAGUCGCGCGAGUGUCAGCGACGAAUGCAUUGACCUCCUAUUCUGCACUGACUCGGAAGAGUCGUUCGCUGUGUUCAGUGAUGAUGAGUAAGCACUAGUGCACCCCAUCAUUUACCAUUUGAAAGUAAACAUGCUUUCUUUGAUUCCUUAGCCACCGUAACCCUGCCUCAAAGUUUUUCGUUGGCCACGAUCUUGGUUUUUACUGCUUCGACCGGACAAGCACUCAAAUCUAUAUUAACCCAAUUGUCAGUGAAAGUGGGGUAGGCGUUUCUGCCGUAUUUUACAGUAAUCAAUCUACGCUUUAACUGCACAGCAAAAUUGUGGCCAGGUAGAGGGUCCUACAUAUUUGCCAGCUAUUGCAACAUGCUAUUCUCUUCAUUACCCAAUAAAUUUAGCAGGCUAUUCCAGUGAGAGGAACCAGAAGUCUUGUGGGACCUCUCUGUGUAACCAUUAAAAGGGUCUAUAUCACUUAAUAUACUGUAUAUUCGAGCAACUGAAUAAUAAGCAUUGAAUUGGUGAAUCAAGCUUUGAGCUGUUACUAAUUUUGUAGUUUAUGCCCUACUCAUUACUGCUACCCAAAGCUGUAUGAUAUAUAAACUUCUAUUAUCUCUGUAGAUAUUAACACUUUACUGAUGGUAAAUAAACGCUGUGGUCUGUAUUAACUUCCUACACUUGCUGUGGCAAGAAGUCUCAUUAUAGUAAUGAAAGAAACCUGUUGUAGAGAACACCAGCAACCUUGACAGUGCUAUUACAUUUUUUUAAAGAAUGCAACUUCUUGUAGUAACCACUGAUUUAUUUCCAAAGCUGUUGGUGUCAGUUGUUAAUGCACCAAAACACAUGGUGGCAUUACCAGGGAAGCUUUCUCCCACUAAACGGCUUAAGGUUCGGGUGCUUCCAUGGUUUUUGAAUGUGCCGGUCAUAUACGGGAUGUCCCAGCUAAUGUUAGGUAAGCUAUUAAAAGAAAACUGGUACAGUAUACGAUUAUAAAACCUAUGGUGUUGGUCACAGUCCUCCUCUGCUACUAAGAUCAUUUUUGUGCACUAAUUAUCUGUCCAAGUAGAAAAAAUAAUGAAUCAACUUUUUAAUUUUUGAGUUAAGGGCAUAGCUUUCAAUGAGAAAGCUGUUAUUCCAUCCUAAAACAUGGCAUUUAGUCAUUUCCAGUGUGUUACGUCCUGCAUAAUUAUUUCUGCGCUUUAUUCGUACCAUGCGAAAUAAAAGAAAUACCACGAAAUUACGCAUCCACAUGUCGCGACAUUAGUAGCCUCAGCAGUUUUUUGAAAAUACUAACUCUGCUCAGUGCCUGACUGCAGUUUUCCUGGAAGUGGCAAGCUGCCAGUGUUGCUGUCUUCUGCUGAUUGCGAGCUGUGUGUUAAGCAUGACAAUUGCUGCCUACAUGAUGACCAGGAUGCUGCCGAAUCGGGCAUGCUUGGCCGCAGCAGUUAGUUUCUAACUUGCAGAACCAACAGAAUGGGGUGUUUUAAGACAGAAUAACAGCUUCCCCCACUGGAAAUCAUGCCCUUAAUUCAAAAUACAGAAGUUGAUUAGUUAGUUUUUUCUAAUUAGCCAGGCAAUUAAUGUGUGAAAGUUAUCUUGGUGGCUGAAGAAGACUGACAACCGAACAACGUAGGUAUUAUAGUAGUAUCUUGCACCAUUUUUUUUUUUUUAACAGCUUGGCUAACGUUAGCUAGGAUACCCUGUGUUAUGCAGCCUAAUACGCUGCAGUUUAUCAGUUUCUGUUUAUAUAGCCUUCAGCAAAUGAAACAGUGAUAAUAUGAGCUCUUGGCCUGCUGUACCUUCUGUAGCAUCAUGAAGCAUUCAGUUGGAGUUAAACUUGGUAAUGCUUAGUUGCAUGGGUUAGAAACCCUCAUGUGCCAGAUGCAGGCACUGAUGACGAAACUGAGUCCACUGCACAGGCCCAAACAGCAUUUAUCCUGUAUUCAAAUUAAGUGAUAAAUUCAAAUGUGCUCCAAAAUAUCAAUAACUGUUUUGCAAAAUAUUUUGCAAGGGUGGUUGUUGAACCAGGAACUCUACGUAUAAUCAUUAAAUAGCGAUAUACACUGGGCAAAUUUCAGGGCUCAGUUGUGUUUCGAAGUGAUAGUUUUUUACAUUGUAAAGCAUGGUCAACAUUGUUUUAAUGAAUGGAAAAACUGUUCUGUCUUGAUGUUGAGCUCAAUCUGCCAUUUUAAGGUGAAAAAAUUCAGCGCAAGCACCCAGGACAAACCACAAAGAAGAGAUGAGACAAGCACUGGCGCUGACUAACAACUGCAUUAUUCGUCGUACAACUUCUCACACUUAUUGCUUCUUACAACAAAGCAUAUAUAUAUAUAUAUAUAUAUAUAUACCCUUAACCACACAUGCGCACGCAACAAAAGACAUAUAAAUACGCAUGUCACACCAGAGCCAGUUACCGAAGACGUGUGCACAAGAAAUUAUAUUCGGCCGAGUAUUGGGACAAGGAAGUAUCACUACAGUCAUCUGCUUUUAAAGCAGUUGUUAGUCAGCGCCAGUGCUUGUCUCGUCUCUUCUUUGUGGUUUGUCCUGGGUGUUUACGCAUAAUUUUUUCAUUUUAAAAUACUAAGCACCAACUAGCCCCAAUUGAAGUUUUAUUGAAGUUCCAAUCUGCCAUGAUCAUACAAACCUCAAUGAAGGUAUGGAGGGGUUAUGAUAUGCAGAUAUCCUAACCUGCAAAAGAAGCUCACUUGAAAAUUCACAUGUCCAUUCUCGCACAUGUGGGUUCCAGUCAUGACUGAUUUUCUCUUGCACAUGCAUCUAGUGCCUUUAUCAUGCCCACCCCCCCCAACUUCUCCAUUUUAGAUGCGAAGCAUCUUAUGGUCGGGGCUAUGUCACUCCCUCCCUCCAUCCAUCCAUUCAUCCGCCAUGCGGCGUCCACACCCCUACUGCGCAUGCGCAUCCUCCUCCCCCUCCUCUCCUCUCCUUGUCUCCUCUCCUCUUCGAUGCUCCUCUCCUCUCCGGAUUGCGCAACAAAUGGCAACACCUGCGGCUCCGCGCGCGAUAAUGCGAAGCAGUGUAGGUUAGAGGCAUGACGGUAGGCGCUGCAUACUCCGCUGGAGGGCGCCACUGUAGCUCGCGGUAUAAUGGCGCGCGCGCACGCUCCGCUCCUCUCAUUUUCCUCCCGCAACGCACGGUAAAUAUAAUGGUAGCUACGUACCUCAACCUAACAGAAACGACGAACUGAAAACUAAUGGGAACUUGAGUCGACCCCAUGGUUGCUUCACGUACUACUCAGGGUUCCCCUACUCCCGGGAAGAUGGUGUAAUUUUUUUAUUGCUUUCUCCUGUUCACAAAAUAAUGCAUGCACCUGGCAAAUGGCAUACUAGCAGUAUUGAAGACAUGGGUCUCACAGUUUGAUCCGAAAGGAUUGCUUUUACAUUAGUAGAAUGGCUGUUAGCAUCUAUAAUCUACUCAACAUUGAUUCCGUCUAGUUUGAAUUAUCCAAUGUUUGGCACUGGCAAGUUCAAAAUUAACCUUUAUUGUCUAUAGAAACUUACAGGCACGUGUUUGAAUUGUUGACUGUGGUAGACUGGAGGGAGUAGAGAAUUUAACUGGUGUCAAAUUAAUGUAUUUUGGUUGGAAUUGCCCAGAACAUCAAGACCAAACAUAAAAGCUACUGAUCACUGUGAAUUUAAUGUAUUCGUUUCAUUCAUUGUGGACUGCACGUUCAUACAGUUUGUUUAUAAGCUUUAUUUAACAAACCUUUUGUUUGUUGUUCAAAUAGUCUUUCCAGUAGCUACAUUUUGGAAGUACUUUUGCUUAUCUAUACCUGCCUAUACAGUAAACUGAUAGCCUGUUCCCUGUUGAUUUGGUGUAUCAGGGUUUUACCCUCUACAGUGCAUACCACAUGUAUAGAUAUUUAUUGAACUGGAAACUGAUUUGGUAUAAGAAGUUAUCAUUAUAUCUGAACUGACCCUAAAACUGCAACAAUAUUUGUGUACAAAAAGCUGCGCUUUUUUAAUUUGGCAGGGUGCUGCUUCAGAAGGGUGCACCUUUUAAGGCAGCUUGGUACUUUGACUAACUGCGUUUCCACUUUAGAGUGGAAGUGACCAUCUUGUGAAAUUUAACCUGUGAGAAAUGAGCAUGUUUUAAUGAAUUUUCAAGCACUGAACUUCUACACAAUGCACAGAAUGUGAACAUUUGUUGGAGAAACUGAUGCGUGUUGGUUGUGACAUGUAAUUGAAUAGUUCAGGAGACACAUUGCCUUUUAUUUGAAAUCACAUGGGGUGCUGGAGAUGUAUCAGCAUGUUGGCUACCAUGUUGCUGUGCCUAGGAGCUCGGUCAAAAAUGGUACACAAUGUGGUCACUCAGUGCAGCGUGUGUGUUGAUAUCUCGCUUCUCGCCAUUAAAACACACUGUAUGAGGAUGAGACACCCUGUAGCUCACUUUUGCUGUUGUUCUUUGGCAUUUGCUUCAUCGGCUGCUUAACUUGUUGUUCUCGGCCCCCAAUUUUCGUAACUGGCACUGCAUUUUCAUGGCCAUUAAAGGAAUGCAGCUCAUUUAGCCACUAGCUUAAAUGUCAACCCAGUGCUCUGGUGGGCGGCAAGUAUUUCAAAAUGUUGCAGGAUAGGACAAGCAAUCUUGGAGCGAUAUUGUAGGUUCUCUGCAGCUACAUUUAAAUACAGCAAUAUUUGAUUCAAGGACGUCAUGGCGUACUGACAGGUAUGGUUUUAUUUACCUUUUUGAAAAGAGGCAGGGGGGCGAUGUUAAAAAAAAAACCUUUAAUUUAUUAAAUGCACCAAUUUGUUAAGUUAUUGCCUGCAAAUUAUUUUGGUUCCUUGCUGGUGCGUGAACAUUAUUUCCUGGUCUACUUUCGAGUGGAUAUUGCAAAACCUUGCUGUAAAGAAACUGUUGUUGACUCUCUGCUUGUCCCUGGAAAAAGUGCAGUUUUUCGGUAGUUUGAGAUGUUUGCUUUAGAGGUUGCUGGCCAUAACAAAAUAAUGUGAUAUAUUCGAUCUAGCUUUCUAGCCUGCCUGUCGAGCAAGACAUGCUCAACAAAUUGCACAUGAAGUUUCUGAAAAUAUUCAUUCAAAAUUAGAAAUAAACACUGAAAAUAGCACAAACAGCAAGAAACAACAAUUGCAACUGUACUGAAAUCUACUGUGAUUUAUGGGAUUCAAGGAAUGUAAAAUAUACCAUGCCUGCAGCUUAAGAGUUUUGAAAGUAGAGCACACUAAAUAGAUUACUGUCUGUAUUGUUGGAAUCCUGUUCCAUGUGCAUUUCAGAAGAACAGACCUCCAUACAAGUGAAAUGUGGGCAUAUUUUGUAUAUCAUGCAAAGAAUAUUAAUUUUCUGCUUUUGUGUUGCAUUGCUUCAGCUUUGUGGUUCCUUUUUUCUCCUUCAUUUCAAUGCAUGCUUGGGCUUUUGACACAGGUUAUUAUAGUUGAAAAGGUUUGUGGCUUUCUUUGAAAUUGAAGGUCCGUUUGAUGAGCUGUGAACAGAAAGCAAGCCAGUUUCACCGAGCAGUAUAACCUAGCUCAGGAACUUCAAGCGCUGUGUUUUGCAUGUGUAAUGAACAGUAAAAGUUCCAGGCGCAAUGUUGAUGCCAUAGAAAAAGAAGAAGGAAAAAAGAAAAAAGGCACUAGUACUGUCAUACCAAAAGUUAAUGUGAAGCAAAGAUGCGGCUGCUGUAUUGGCUAAACCUUUGUUCUGCAGCACAUAUAGCAUAGUAUCUUGCCUGUGUCUUUUUCAGACCCUAAAUGUUAAGAACAAAUAACUGCCUCCAUAGAUAUCUUGCUUGGCGUACAUGUGUCUGAUAAAAGCUAAAGAAAUGCUUCUGGAUGGAGUAUCUGCACAAGUUUGACAGCUCUAUUGGGAAAUGUUGUUGCCAUAGUUGGUUGUAUGAUGUUCUCACACCCUUACUCUGCCUUAAGAGCAGCUGUCAUUGAAACAUCCUGCAGUCAAAGCAGCUGUCUUAUGUUUUAAAAAGCAUGACACUCUUUCUUGUAGGUGUAUUUUGAUGAGUUCUUCUUACUGUGAAGGUUUUAUGGGCUCUCCUGUGCAGUGGAACAUGACAUAGGAUCGAGACAAAAACUGAAGAAAGUUUUCAUAUUGUGUACAAGAAUGUGCUGCUUGUCCAAGAAACUGAAUUCUGGAAAGCCUCUUUAUCACCCACAGUUCAUUUUACAUGUUGUAAUUUGAAGGAGUAUUCAUAUCCAUUUGGAGACUUCUUUGUCUUUAUUGGGCAAUGUUCUUUCAUCAGUGUUAUACUAAAGUGUAUAGAGUUGAGCAGACAUUGAUUUGAUUUGAUAUGUAGGGUUUUCUGGUACAAGGGCCAGGGUUAGACAAACAUGCUGGAGCAGGUGGUACACUGUUGAUACCAUUUUUAUUAGGUGGUUGCAUCCAUUUUUGUGGUAGCCUUUGUGACUCCUUUUGCGACCACCAUUUUACCACUUGUUGUCUGUCUGAGGUUGCUUAGGACUGUAACAGUUUGCCUCAUGCUGUUUUCUUGAAAUAGCAGCAGUGAUGUGCCGUGUGUUUGCAUCAUUGGCUGCAAACUUGGUAGUGUGUUCAUUUUGUUUGGUGUUAACCUGGUGCAAUGUUUGUGUAUGUAAAAUUUUUAAAAGGUAAGAAAAAGCUUAGGUAUUGAAACUAGUCUGUACUCCACCUAGUCUCGAAUUCAUCUCUGAGUGCUGAUAUUACCACAGUGUUUUUAAGUGUAAAUUGACAUUGUGCAUGAACAUGCCCAUGAGAUGGACAUUGUCUGGUGUUUACUGCUCUGGGAACCAGAAGCCAGAGCUUCGCUGUGACUUGAGGCAUGUAAUAUUGCUUUCAUAAUAUGAAUGCACUGUGGCUGCCCUGACAUAUUGGUGCAUCCUUUCUUAACACAAAGUGCACUGAAAAUUUUCUGCCCUCUCCCCAUGCCAACAGUGGCUCUUACAAACAGGGUAUUUAUUGUAAAAGAUGGAUUCAGUUUUUUGAGAAAUAAUUAAACCGGUAAAAAGAUUGGGAAUUUGAUUUGAUUUUAGUUUUUUAUACUAGUUGUUACUUCGUAGGUUUGUAUUAAUUUUCCAUAAACAGAGAUCGUCAUUCUGCUGUCUAAUAUUGUACUACAUAGCCUUGUCCCUUGAUAAACCGGCACUGGCUCAGGGCAGCGGAAGAUACUCCCAGUACAGUGACUGUUUAAUGUGAUUUUCAUGGAGCCAGCCUGCUUCGGAAAUGUUUGCACUGUCCCCCUCCCAAUGUUUGUGCUAGGAUUCAGUCUGCAUAGCUGUUCACAAAUGUUCAUUGGAAUGCAGCCUAGUGAAAAAUCACAUAUGCAUAUGCAUACUUCAAAAGCCCUUGCAGUGACUUGUGAUUACGGUAUGGUAGCUAGAAGGCCACCAUAGUUUGGCUGGGGACAGUCUUGUGCAAUGUAAUGUAUUGUUGAUCUAUUUCUUUGUAGGUACUUGUUCGUUAAAUAAAGUUUGUUGUUUGUUUUUG